CGAGGAAAUAAAUUUUGAUUCUGUGAAGGAGCCCUCGUCCGCAUAUCGUUUGACAUAUCUUCGAUGGAUAGCGACGAGGUACUAUUUUUUUCUGGUGGGAAAGAAUGAUUAUGAAAUUCGCAAAAAUCUUCGUGGAACGUCCCUACCAGACCUAAGUACGCCCUUCCCUAAACUCCCAUGACGGUUCAGCAGCUAGGCGUGUGGUCGUCCCCUCGAGGAGCGGGUCUAGGUUUAUCUCCAGCCUGCUCGUGCUCCUCCGGCGAGCAGGGCAGUACAAGAAGUAACAGUGGCACAACAGGAGUACCUCGUCCUGGGUCGCGCCGGUAUUGUGACGCUAGUGUUGAGAAGUUGCUCCACUUCUACAACUACUAGUCGCCACAGUAGUUCUUAAAAAUCGAAAUACAGCACGAGCACUUCUACUAGCACAGUCGGGCAACAUCAACUCCCGAAGUAAAAUGCCGCCUCGGAAAAGCAAGAAGUCCGAGGAUGCUGCAGCAGCCACGACCGCUACUGCUGCAGCCCGGCGUGCUGGGCCGCCUCUUGCAGAGGGAGAAAUAGCGACUCCUGCCGGGGACAGACCUGCUGCGCGACAGGCCGCACCUCCGAAACCGCGCGGGAGACCGCCCAAGAAUCAUAUCACGAACGGCAAAGGACCGGGCGCUGGACCUGUGGGGCAACAACCACUUCCAGCAAGUGGCAAACAAGCAGGAGGGAAGAACAAGAACACGAGUAACGCGAAAGCCUCUGGUAGGGGUAUUAACAACAAAUCUGCAGCGAAGCCGCGACUUUCUGAUGAAGACUGGUCACCUGACGAAGAAGCUGAUCCUGCUGAAGAGGAAGAAGAACAAGGAGAAAAAAUACAAAUCCACAUAGAGCAGCCGCUUUUCAAAGCCCCCCGGGUUGGAAGAGGAGCAGUACAGAUAUCAAAUGUAAAAAUGUCUGGGUCUGGAAGAUUGCCAGGUUUGUCAUGCAUACUAUUUUGCAUGACCCAGCGUGCCUGUAAUGCACGACCUAGCAUCACAGACUUUUAGAGGGAUUCCUGGUGCCUAUUCCGCCUGAGAAAUGCCCCCUUUAUGUAGCAAGAACUGGACACCUGCUGCUGGUCAUGCAAUACAAAUUUUUUUUGGAAUCCAAACACAGCAUAACAAGUUGCAACCUUCCAGACCCAGACAUAUUUGCAAUCCAUAACAGAAGCCGGAAAAUGAUACUACGAGCACGACAGCUGGAGCAGUUGUUCUCCAGCAUCGGAUAUCAAAUGCAAAAGUGUCUGGGUCUGGAAGAUUCUGAGACUUGUCAUGCACGGCUUGCAUGAGCCAUGAUGUCUGUGAUGCACGCCCUAGCAUCACAGAUUUUUAGAGGGCUUCCUGAUGCCUUCUCCGCAUGACAAAUGCCCUCUCCGCGUAGCAAGAAUUCGAAUCCUUUUGCUGCUCAUCGAACACAAUUUUUUUACACAUCCAAACGCAGCAUGACAAGUUGUAUUCUUCCAGACCCAGACAUUUUUGCAUUUGAUAUCGGACGGGACCGCCACCACCCAACAAGCCGCAGCAGCGACCACUUCCUCAGCCUGCCGAACAAACUGCGGGUCGUCCCACCCUGACCGCCAGACAGCUAAAACUCCAGGAGGAUAAGGACUUCGAGUUUGCAACGAAGCUGGUCCAAGAAGAAAAUAGCGCGCUCGAGCAGGACGCUACGAUGGCGAGGAAAAUGCAGGCACAAGAAAACCGAAAAGCAGGACGAGGAACAUCUUCGAGAAAGCAAGCGAACAUCACUUCGGGUAAGAAAGCGAAUAAUUAUCCGAAAGCCGCGAAACCGAAAGCGAAGACAAGGACGUCAGCGCGAAAAAAGAGUGCGGACGACGAGGACGUUGUUAUGGAAGAUCAAGUAUCAAAUGCAAAUAUGUCUGGGUCUGGAAGGUGGCAACUUGUGAUGCGUCUUGUGGAUCACACAAAAAUCUGUCUUGCGUGAUUGCCAAAAGUUGCCCUUUUCUGACCACCAUAAGAGGGAGUUUCUCAUGCAGGACAGGGAAGAUGGAGACCUCGCAGAAUCUGUCAUGCUAGGCCCUGCAUUCCGGACCUCACGGGGCAAGGGCAUGGAAAUUCUGCAUUCCAAGUUCGGAUCCUUCCAGACCCAGACAUAUUUGCAUUUGAUAUCAGAUUGCUGCGCCAGAACCAGGGGACGAUGAGGUGGAAGAAGAUGCAGCGGUUGAAGUAGACGGUGGGCAAGAAAUUGAUGAGAAUCAUGGUGCACAACAACCACCAGCCGCAGGAGGUCCACCUUCGGAGCAGGGAAAAAUGUUGGUGGACGACACAGAUAAUGUACAAAUUAUCGGCGAGACGCAAACUUUAAGUGAAACGAAAGAGGACGAAGACGAGGUACUAGCAAUACCGGAGGACGGGGCCGGGGCGAUGAUUCCCAAUGAAAAAGAUUGCGCACCAGGAGGACCAGGCAGUGCUGCUGAACCAGCUUCACGACAACAGACCUCCGCGAAGAAGAUUCUACCACCAGGAGUAGAACAAGUUCCCAAUACAGCAACAAAAUCAACCGCCGGUAAAACUCGCGCAAGCGGUACUGGUGCAGCUGCAAGUGCGUUACUAGAAAAGGACCAACCGGUAAUAUCAACAGCGACUUCAUCCACCCUAGUAGUGGCUUCUGGUACAACUACAACAGGCGUAGUAGGUGGUGGCAGUAAACCGAAGAGUCAGUACGCCGUGGCACCGAACGUUUUUAGUCCGGCGGAAUGGCAAGACGAAUUGACUUGCGUUUGCAGAGCAAGAAAACCACCAGAACUUGUACAGGCAAAAGAACCAGCACAACGACCCCAAGAACCAACAGCAGUUGGUCGUGCACAAGAGCAGCCCGGUGAAAACAAGACUACCACCUCCCCCGUCGUCCCCGCGGUAAAAACUACCUCGCCUCCUAGUACCGCAGAGCCGGAGCCAGAAGACCUGGCCGCGUUUUGUCUUGUCGGCGCCUACAAGUUGUCCUUCAAGCGGAACUUUUUCACGGACACCUGCGGGCUGACAACGACGCAAAAGCACCACAAUCCCUUCGGCAUCUGGAAAAUCCCGAAAUCCGUGCAAACGUGCACGAGCAACAGCGACAUCCCCGCUUUGAACGCAGACCCGGUCUUGAGCGAAAGUCUAGCGUUCUACGGAAAGCAACGGCACCUGCCGACCGGGUUGGUCAACUGUGGUGCGACGUGCUACUUCAACUCCGCCCUGCAGAGCUGUUUCUGGAACGAGGAUGUGCGGGAGCUGAUUCUGCGGGCCGACGACCUGCCGGAGGACUCGCCGUUGCGGACCCUGCAGCUGACCUUCGGGAAGAUGCUGCAGAACCGGCAGAAAGCCUGCCUGGUGCGGGAUUUGGUGAACGCAAUGCAGAUCUCCACGUCCGAGCAGGAGGACGUGUCCGAAUUCUGGGCGAUGUGGUGCGUUACUCUUACUUUUGCUAAAUCGCUUAUAUUUCCGUUCUGUUUUUCUAAGUUCGGCGCAUGCGCAUUUUGGUUUGUUCGCUGCAUCAGGCCACGACAGAGCAGGCGUUUUCGUUUUCGAAACAUCGAUUAUACCACCACCUUGCAUUAUUUUCAUAAAAAAAAAUCUGUCAGGUUCGAACUCCUGCAAAUCUUCAAGAUGAAGGACAAGACGACAGGGCAGGAGAAAACGAUGGAGUCGCUUUUCUACAGCGAGACCCUUGUCCACAGUGCACGCGUGUGUGGCCACAAGACCAAAGCGAAGGUCGAUGAAGUUUCAACCUGGAAGCUGACUUUUGCAGAGGAGGUGAAUCGAAAGAGGGCACGGCUUGCAGGUAUCUAUGUGACUUUUUGCUGCUUUUCCAUCCAUGAAAGUCCUGAUAGUGUCGUCUUUGAAAAUUUGGACCUGGACGUGGAAACUACUCAUGAAUCGUGCUUAGUUUGAUAAUAUGUCGCUGCGGAUGACCUUUUUCAGUAAUUUUGAAUCAAAGUAGCAUGCACCUCAAAAUCAAAACAGAGGAAGAGGCCAAACUGCCCGAGGCGCAAAAGCCUGCAACCCGGGGAAGUAAAGCCGCAAACAAAAAUCGCGGCGUUGGUGGGGCCGACGCAGUGCGGCUUGAGGAGCUUCUGGACUCGCAUUUCCAGAGCGAAAAGAUGAUUGGGGACAACGCUUUGGAAUGCGAUCAAUGCACUGCUGAAAAUAAUGGCCAGAAGGUGAAACAGGACGUAGUGCGCACUCUGAAGAUCGGUAAACUGUCGCCCUACAUCAACAUGGAGCUGAUCCGCUACACCUUCGACCCGGUCACGCUCAACCGCAUCAAAUCCCAGGACCCGCUGAAUUUUCCCGUGAAGAACUUGGAUUUCACAAAAUACUUCGCAACGGAGGAGGAGCUGCAGGACAUGCAGUAUACAACCUGUACCACAGCAACAGCCAGCAGCCAAAUCCCUGCAUCUUCCUCAAACAUCGCGGCCAGCAGCCCUGUAUCAAAUGUAAAAAUGUCUGGGUCUGGAAGCGAGCAACUUGUGAUGCUACCUUUGGACUCUACAUAAAAUCUGUAUUGCAUGAACAGCAAAAGAGUUGUAAUUUGUGCUACUUACGCGGAAAGGGCAUUUCUCAUGCGGUAUGAGCAUCAGAAAGCCCUCGCAAAAUCUCUGAUGCUAGGGCAUGCAUCACAGACCUCAUGGGUCAUGCAAAAUCUGCAUGACAAACUCCUGCAUUCUUCCAGACCCAGACAUUUUUGCAAUCCAUACCCUGGUGCGGUGGACCACCAACAUCCGAAGUCGCAAGGAAAGUCUACCAGUCAGGUAUUGUGAGGAAAAAUCCCCGUUCCCCAUAUCAAAACGAAAUUUCUGAUGCUGGAUUUGUGAACACAAAUUCGAGCUGUCUUGCUGGAGAGCACUGAAGGCCCAUAUCAAGUGCGAGUAGCGAGGUUUUGGCUUAGGCACUUAGCAUGAAAAACAUCCGCGCGGUAGGCCCAACAGCAUGACAAACCGUCUGCGCAAUGCGGCGGAGCCUGCGGAAUUCCCUCCUUGCAAGACAGACACGAUUUGUGACCACAAAUCAGCAUCACAAAUUUCCAAAAAUGUACCUUUUCCAUAUGGGGAGGGGGGAUUUUUCCUUGCAAUAUCAGGACGGAGACCAGGACGGAGAUCCGCAGAUCAGACAGCGGGACAAGGAGGCCGACCGCCGCGCGAGUGGAAAUGGCCAUGCGCAAAGACCAUCGGGUUGUUCCGCUGGCGGUUUGGAUGCGAUGAAGAGCAGAACGAAAAUGAAAAAUCCGGCGCCAACAUGUGGUCGUGGCCACAACGGGAUAAUUGGCAGUAGCAGUUCUUCGUCUUCUUCUGCGGCGCAAGGAGGCGGCCCGCCUUCUGCCGCGAGCAGUACUUCUAGCAGCAGACACCUUUACGACUUGGUCGGAAUGCUGAUGCAUUUGGGUGGCAGUGCAGGUUCCGGGCACUACACGGCGACGCUGCUGAUUGACCGGAAGAUGCUCGGGUCGGAAGUGCUGACCAAUCCUGUCUGCAGUGAGGUGCCACCAGCGGUACCUGCGGACCACGACUCGGAAGUUCAUCUGCAGGGAGUACAGCUAGAUUGCUCUCCCGCGGGACGAGCAGACUCGAGUAAAAAAGACCCGGUAGUUCCUGUGAAUGGAACCACGACCGCGACUCCUGGUCCCCCUACGGAAGAAGUGGUCACCAAUUGUUCUAGCAAGUCAAAGAUGAAAAAGGGAACAAUAAACAAACGAAGUAAAAAGCUGAGCGAGAACCACGAGGCGUCUUCCAAAUCACCAGUCCGUGCAGCUCCCAUAUGAAAUGCAAAUAUGUCUGGGUCUGGGAGAUUGCUAGAUUUGUCGUGCUAGUCUGGCAUGACUCAAGAAUCUGUGAUGCAAGGGCGCGAAGCGGUCCUCUUACCUAUCAUGCAAAAACGCAGUUUGCCAUGCGCAACGUGCAACAACAACACAUAGGAGCCCGAAAAUUUGUCAUGCUUGGCUGCGUAUUGCAGUAGAACUCUCAUUCACUAUUUUGCAUUAUAAGUUUCCAGACUCAGACAUAUUUGCAAUGUAUAUCCCAAAGUGCCAAUCAACUACGAGCCGGACAUGCAGUGGUAUACGUUUAACGACGACGAGGUCACGGAGUUUGAUGGGAAAACGUUCGAGCCGCCCGAACCUGCCGUCGGGCCAACUCCGCGACCGCCGGUCGUGGUAGAAGAUGUCGCGGAGGAGGAGGCAGAGGCCAACCCGUCUCCUGGGCGGCAAGGUAUACUUGCUUUCUCCUGUAGUGUAUUCACAAAAAUGCUGUUUCAAAAUAAAUACCGUAUCAAAAUAAAUACAGUGAUCCAAAUUUGUAAUAGCUCUUUUGUGAACCGGACGUGCCCACCGCACUGCCCGCAGUUUUGUUUAUGCUUCGCGCUGAACAAUCUCGGGGUCCAUCGCAUUAGAGGCCUGGCGGGCCAUUGUGGCCGCGGCUUGGGCUUGCUCCGUCAUGCCUCAACCUGCCUUCAAGGCGGGCCAAGCAUGUCGUCUCCACGCCUGGAGCAUGCAGUCAGUGGUCAACGCACGUUGCUAGUCGCAACUGCGUUGUGGGACGCCGGAACUGCAAGUAGCAGUACGGCGCCCCUGGCGGCCUCGUCCGGUUCCCAAACCGGGCGUGGGAAAAAACGCCAAAGUGGGGGUACCUUAGUACCCCUGGAGCGGGAGGCCCGUAAACGGGUCCCGACCCGGGUAGAUCCUCGUGCAGGCCCCGACCUGCCGAGAAGAAUCCCCGGAAGUGCCCGACUGGCACAGGACGUGUGGAAGUCCAACGUAGGCGUCUGACAAACGCCGGCAAAGGCUGACGGGGUCCUCCCUCCCCUCACCUGCGCCACUUAGGGUGAGCACAGCUCCCCGAAACCCCAUUCCAGUGAGCCCCUACCCGCUCACACCGAGGCGUCUCUCCCUGUUGGAAGGGGAGGGGGCCUCAAUGUCACUAGAGUCACGCACUUGGGUUAAUCUCAAAACUGCUUCGCGCAACCAGGCGCGUGACUCAAAAUCUCCACGUGUAAAAGCGCCCGGGCGCCGUGCGCCGCACGAAAAAACGGCAAGGUAACGUGGGGCAUCACGCCCCACGGUGUGUGCCGCUCGCAAGAGCGGUUGUGUCUCCCCUCCGCGUAGGAGAGAAGCGUGGCGUCGACAGGCACCACGCAACACGCGCGCGUGUGCCUCGAGCCACCAGCACACGUGUGCCUCGAAAUCGCCACGCAGUGCGAGGUCACGCGCGCGCGUGCACCUCGAAACCCUAGCCGCGAUGCGGCAAGGGAACGGACUACGAGAUGCAGCCGCACCGUAGUAGCCGCGUGUUCGUUUAUGGUUGAAAAUCGAUCGACAGGACGCUGCGCAACGCGAUUCGCUGCCUCAAUGUCGGUCGUCGCAAGGAAACUGUCGGUCGAGAGUUGGAUGAGAAUGAACUUCCGUACCUCAGAGACCGUUGCGCGAUACGUACGCGAGCCGUAAAGCCGCAAGGACCUCGACAUGAAUGGAGUGCGAAAAUCGUACAACAAACGCACGUUCAAAAAAUCGUGGGCAGUACAACCCACGCCGAUCCCUAGCAUUAAGGAACGUCGUCCAGUAGAUACUGAUCGAUCGUCGAACGACCAUAGACACAAACCGCAGGCAAAUAAAAUUCACACAGGGCAGGAGCUUAAAGUACAUUGCAAACCCACGCAGUAGCUAGCACUAGGACACUCUAGAGCGCGAUAGUUUACACCAAUUGCAGCAAUUAAGCACACUACCCAGUAAGAGACUUUUGCUUACCCCUAGCGAACAAAGCAAGUGCAACCCCACAGCACAAAACAAACCCCAAUGGCGCAAGCGUACACCUUCGGAGGCGGGUCCCCCGACCCGCUGAAACUUCAACUGGAGGUGCACCCGGACCUCUUCGAGGACACGCUAAAAGCGCGAGUGGCGGCAGCAUCUGCGGGAUGCGACCCAGAGCACCUGGACGCUCGCUGGAAGCAGGCUCUGGCCACGAGUACAGGGCUAGACUGCAUCGUCUCCGGCCUGGAGAGUGGCGAAUUCCUGGAAAUCGACUUGUGGGAAAACGCGCCGCACGCGCAGCUGCCGCUGUCGGAGCACACAGUCGCGCACUAUGUGCGAUCCAUCGUGGCCCUCACGUUGGUAUACGAAAAGUACAACUCCGUCGAGUUCGACCGUUUACCCUCGGAAAAGCUCAGGAAGAUGGCGGUUAUGUACGGCCUACAAUCCGGCGGGAACAAAGCUGCGAGGCUGAACACCCUCCAGCUCGCCGCAGAACAAGACCACUUGUACCAGUUCCCGCUGCCACUCUGCCCAGUCGUCACGGACGGCCUGACCAUCCACGACAUCACCGAAACGUCGCUCCAGGUGGACGGGACCCCGGUCCUCGGACAAGCGGCGGGACCCGCCCUGCACCCCAUUGUCUACCCGAAUGGAGAUAACGCCGCGGCGUAUCAGGCGAUCCAACAGGCGGCAGCAGCUGCAGUAGCGGCGCAACAACAGGCGGCAGCUGCAGCAGCGGCGCAACAGCAAGCAGCAGCUGCAGCAGCAGCGCAACAGCAGGCAGCGGCCGCACAACAGGCGGUGCAACAGCCCGCGGCGGCACAGGGCCCAGGACAGCAAGCAGCAGGUACAAGUACCCUGCUUCUAGAGGCCUGCCACUCUCUCGGUCGAGGCAGGCUGGCCUUACAGUAAAACGCUGCAACUCUCUGGGAAAGUUGCAGGGAUCGCAGCGCGCGCGCUGCUGCUAGCUAUGCACACAAAAGCGUCACCACGUAUGCCUGCAAUAUGUCAACCCACAAAACUCACAGGUGGAGCCGCACAAGGUGCGGCAGGCGGGGCACCACCGCCCCCAGCGGCACAAGCGCAAGUCAUGGGAGCAGCGGCGGCUGCGGGACCCCCAGGCGGAGCAGCACAGGCACAAGCCGGAGGCGUAGGUAACAGCUAACGCUUCUUCGCGUAGCUAGCCAUACGGUCGCUUUCAUAGCCAUGACAUAGCCCCUAGCUAACGUAUGACUAACAGCAAUACAAACAACACACAGGUGCGCAAGCGCAGCAAGCAGGAGCGGCUCAGGCAGGAGCAGCAGGAGCACCCGCUGCCGCAGUCCAGGCAGCCGCGGCGGCCGGAGCAGGUAUCUUGCUUGUCGUCGCCACAAAGGCGUCCUGCAUGCCCUAAAUCACCUAAAGUUCGCUUGUUGAGCACGCCUUCCCUGGAAAGGUGUUGACAGUACGCGAAUAGAGGCAGGAGCAAACGCGUCCCGCGCUCUGAAAUUGUGUCUCGCAAUUAUGAAACUAACCCAACACGACCACAGGAGCGGGACAACAGCAAGGGCCACAGGCACAACAGGCGCAAAACCCGGCGCAGCAGGCACAAGCUGGGGGAGCAGCAGGUACAGCCUCCACAAGUCUGUCUUUGCCCUUCUGCGUCUUUCAGAACUCUAGACCCGCCUAGAACACUAGAAGCGAAGACCCCCGCAAACAUGUACUUUUGUGGGAAUUCGAGCGGGGUUCCAGACCUGCCAAACCAAAUCAAAUCCCAAACACUCAAACCACAGGAGCGAACGCCGCGGGACAACAAGGACAGCAGGCCCAGCCACCGCAGGCAGGUGCGCAAGCAGGUAUAAAGCUACCUAGUGUUGCGCAUAGUUCAUGCCUCGAGAUCAAUGCACGUAUGAGCAUGCCCUUGUUGAAGCUCCGUCGCGCCCAUAGCGACCCACCACCAACUGCCAACAACCUAAUAAAAAUAACACACAGGUAACCUACCCAUCCCGCCAGCAGCGGCCGCGGCUGCGGGGGCACAGUUACUAAUUGCAGGGCUACAACAGCAACCUCCACCGCAGCAGGCGCAGCUGGGAGCGCAACAAGCUGGACAACAACAGGUCGUGCAACAGCAGCAAGCCCCCGGACAACAACAAGCCGGGGCGCAGCAGGGUGGACAGCAACAGCUAGCUGGACAACAGCAGGUCGCGCAACAGCAACAAGCUCCAGGACAGCAACAAGCUGGGGCACAGCAGGGUGGACAACAACAGCCACCCCCGGCCGGACAGCAAAACCAAGGUGGACAGGCCCAGCAGCCACUGCUGCCGCCCGUGGGACAGCAGGCCCAGGCGCAGGGACAGCAGAACCAAGGUGGACAAGUCCAACAGCAGCUGCAGCCCCCCGCGGCGCAGCAGAACCAGGGACAGCAGAACCAGGCUGCCGGGGCACAGCAACAAUACGUCGUGAUCAACGGCACGGCAUACCCGGUCGCGCAACAACCGCAUCAACCGCAGCGGCAACAGCAACAGGGAGUUCAGCAGUACGCAGUAGCGCACGCUCCACAGCAACAAGGGCUACCCCUGCCGAGGGUUGGAGGAACGCAACCUCCGCUCCCACCGCCACAGCAGCAACGGCAGGCGCAAGCACAGGCAAACGUCUACGGUGCGUUCAACACAGGAGGGGCGCAGAACGCUGGCACCGGGGGAGUCCACAACUUCGAACGGUACGCGGCAACAGCCCCGCCGCCGACUAGCAACGCGCGAACCGACAUGCACAACUUCCAAAAUUGGAGCGAAGACGAGCGGGCUCUGUACUUCGACACUAUGGUAAAACGGGCAACGGGAACCCAAACGGGCGUACAACUGCCGGAGGAGCCCAUCCUGCAACCCGUCAACGCCCACUGGCACAUGCGGGAUGAAACGCUAAAACCUCUGCCACGCAACCGUAGGCCGGACGAUGACGCCGGGGCCGACCCCGGUUACUGGGUCAUCACCAGCCAGAAUAGACCGGUGAACUUGGAGUGCUUCCCGCUGGUCUGGAUGUCCAGCCAGUACAAGAGACCGCAGUCGCUUCCGAGGGUGAGAGCGAAAAACGCCGACGGUACGUAUACCAACGGCAAACCGUGGAACGAAGGCAGAGUGUACGAAGUAGAGUACAUCUCGGACUUGCGAGAUUUGUUGGUGUGCCACAACGCAACCGGUGCACAGGUGCAGGUGAACAUGCAGAACAUCACCUACAUGUCGGAACACCUUUGGGUGGAUACCGAUACGGUAUUGUACGAAUACCUCAGCAAGUUGGAUCCGGAAGCAAGGCGGGAAGCCAAAAUGGCUGUCCUCUGGGCGAUGGCGCUCGGAAUCAGGGACGAGCUCCAGCUGGUCUUGCGGGCCCUCCAGGAGGAAGAAAGCCUCACCACUAAGGGGGUACACAACAAGGACACCCUGUACAAAAACACCCCGAAGCACUGGAACGGCGUCUCCUCGGACCUGGAAUGGUACAUCAAGAAUGGCAAGACAAUCGGCAUCACUGAAGGGCAGGCGAAGUCCCUCGUCUACGAGAUGCGCCGCAUCAUCGACAAAAAGAUGACGACCGCCACCCCCAACAUCACGCAGACGGACAUCGAGCACGUACAAAUCGGCCACAUCUAUGCCUUUUGGCAAAGAUGCGUUGAUGGAAAUUUCGAAGUCAACGGGGUACAAAGCGCCCACCUCCCGAAAGGGGCUAACUUUGUGGCGUCCUCCAGCCGAGCGGAGAAAUUCCACCACGUGUGCAUUGUCGCCACGGUGCUCAACAUGUACGACACAGUCGCGGGCGCUACCGCCGACCUGACCGGACUACGGGACACCAUAAACAUCAAGUCGGAUUAUGAGUUUCAGAUCCAGACUUUACCAACCGUCAUCUACUCGUUAGCGUCGAAGCAGCCACCGAACAAGUCGCUGAACUUGGGACUGUCCGAGGGCCAAGGUGGCAACACCAGGACUUUCAAGUACGUGGUAGAAAAGGUCGCCACGGGUCGCUGCGCCGAGAUCAUCAAGACGAGACAGUUCUACUUCGCCUCGAACGGGCUCGGGGACGCCAAUCCGAAUCCGGACAACCUCACUAGAGCGCAGAAACGCGCGGCAACGCGCCGAGGCGAGGAGGUGGGUAAUCCGCACCUGAAGCACCAACGCAAGGCGUCCAGCAGCGACGAACCGAUGUUCUCCAAAAGCCCCACCUUCGACCUGCCCAAGCAGGCCGGCAGCUCCUCCUGGACGAAGAACACAAACCAGUCCAAGAUGGGGAAGCUCGACAUCACCACCGCCAAAUACAAGAGCGACUGGAACGCCAAAGACCCGUACUUCCAACGUAAAAUGAGCGCCCAAAAGUCAGUCAUCCACGCGGGAAAAAUGGCGAUGGUCUGCUCGGCCGCCGGCCUGGUGGAAGAGCCGGGUAUCGCGGCCUUGAACUGGCCGCAUAGCGUGUGCCGGGAUUUCCAUAUGCAAGGAUCCUCCUGCAACGGCGGUUGCAGAAAGUGGCACGACAUUCCCGAAGAGUACAGGACGGACACGCAGUCCUGGUGGCACAUCUUGAACAUCCAAAGCGCCAUGGCCAACAACAACUCCAAGAACCUUCAGCAGCUCCAGCCCUGCCUCCCCAUGUCACCACCCGGGAACGGCGGGAAAGGCGGACAAGGAAAAGGCAAGGGAGGAAAAGGCAAGGGCAAGAAAGGCAAGGGCAAGAAGGGCAAGGAUAAGCAGGGGAAAGCGGCUGAAAACGAAGACUGAAGUACUAGUAUGGCCACCCGCGGCAGCGGAGACGUCAGGGACUAAAUAAAUAGUCAACUAGAGCUAAAAAUACCACGAGCCACAUAACACCACACGUACAAACAAAACUCGCCACCAAUUUUGAAAAUGCACGCACGUCAAAUCUGAGCACGAUAAGGUAGCGCCACUUCUGAACGAGAUAGCAAGUCGCGACCCUCUAACGGAACAGCUACGAACUAAGCUAGGGAUCGGAAAGAGUAUGGCGUCGCUCCAAAAAAUGGCGUCGGGGAGUUCCGUGCAGCACGAACCACUCAAGGUGUGGAAGUUUCCAAAAUUGAGCAUGCGUGCGGAACAUGAGUCUCGCCCAGCAAGUAGCAAGGAUGAGAUCCCCAGAAUAGAAAUCGCGUGCGUACAUAGAUCGAAAAGCGUACAGACAUAAAUCGGAUGAACGACCGCAACGUACAAAAUCGGAAGAGCAUGCGAGUAGACAUGAAUAGGUCGGAGGUCGUGUGUGAGCAAUAGCAUGGAAUUAGAAGGAGUAGUUUACGUAGUCGCGUAGUGCCCGCACCAUGUUAACAUCGGAAAAGAGUCUGCGUCCACAGAGCUCGUUGGAGGUCUGCGUCCACAAUGAGGAACAACAGAGCCGCCACGUCAUGCGCGCCCACCUGCGGGGCGCGCGCGUGUACGAAACCUGGGCCGACGAAACUAUGUCGUGCCUCAAGCCGACCUACUACAAGGUCAACCCAGAUGGAACCAUCACCGCCACGGAGCGGUACUUCAAAAAGCUAAAUGUCGAGAGGCCGCCUGAGGGACAGGAGCGGACUUCCGACAAGCCCCUCUUCCCGGUCAUCUCGGCCCAGAAAGUAGGGGACGCAAGCGCAGUCCUGCAGGCGUGGGACUACCUUGAAGACGCCCAGCGGACAGCUCACCCCUACUUCGCGGACGAGAUGAGUCUACAGCGCAAUAGCGAUCAACGCACGUUGCAGGAUGGAAGUUGGGGCAAAGAGGAACUACAGCGGUCGGUGCUGGCGCACGUCGAACUCUACAAGCAAGUAGGGUUCGGCACAGCGGGAGCCAUCGGGACACUGCUGCAGGCGGCGGAAACCGCCGACCUCAUGGACGCCUAUGAAAACGGCGACGACCCCCAUGUAAAAUCGCCAAAUAGCUGGACAGACUCGGAUAGGGAGGAUCGCUUCACGCGGCUCCCUUGGCAGGAGUACCCCCACCCCCCACGCAACUGGGACGGCAAGUUCCGCGGGGAAAUAUGCGACCCAGAUAGCAACGAUCUGUGGACGCAGCACUCGGGCCACAUGCACAUCCGAGAUCAGGUCUUCCACCGUCGUGCCCGCCUAGGCUGGCAAGCAUAAAUCACAAUACCAAAUCACAGGACUGACUAGCAUCUUACCUCACGAGUAGAGCACCCGUUAGAUGUAAGACCCCGCAACAUACGCACGACAUCAGCAAGAGCAACUAAUUAGACAACUAAGAGGACCGCCCAAACUCAACAUGGCGCCAAAAAAGAAGCACAAGAAAAACGCGGGCGACCAGCAGGACGGGACCCAAGGCCGCUCCCAUGGAGGCGGGUCUAGUGCCGGACACAAACACGUAAUCCGCUACAAAGAACCGGCGGCAGGGUUCAUAGGACCGGAAACAUACCAGGACUACGACUUGGAACGCAUGUACUCAUGCACGCAAAUAGACGGGCUAGUCUUCGAGAUGUUCCCGGAGGGGUUCUGUCGCUAUCUGCCGCCCCAUCAUUACAAAGUCCUCCCAGAUGGAACGAUAGAGGCGACCAGAGCCUACAUGAAAGCAAGAGGCAUUCACAUGGGCACCACCCGCAGCAACCGCCCGCGCCGUCGCUACAGCGGGGUGGCCCUGUUCCCGCCCGAGCUCCGAGCCUUCGAUAACGACCUAGCGGCCGAGAAAGAGGGGCCACAGCUGAACCUCCUCACGGUAUAGGACUCGAGCUCUCCGCUAACUGUGCCAAAAGUGUUACUCCAAUAGCAUGCUAGAAAAGUCACUCCAUGGACCGUGCGUAUGCUGAUAAACUAACAAAACAACUAAAACACAGGCUACGCACGUUAGGAAGAUCCACCAGCAAUUUGGUCGGCACAGCUACCAGGCGGAGCGCCGUCGCGUCGGCUUCCUUCGGGCCCAGAGAGACGCGGUCCAUGAAGCCUACAAGAAAACGCCGCGGGCACGCUACUACCACGACUACAGCUCAGACCCCAACACCGGAAGGCACUGGGGUCCCAAACCCACGGCGCUGGACAUCGAAAACGUGCACAAGGAGCAGUUCUAUAAAUUUCCGAACUACCACAUUCGGGUGAUGAUGCACGAGCAGGACAAAACCGGACCACUCUUCCCGGAGGACGAGUGGUCGCAGGAAGAGCUCGCGCGCCAUUUGCAGAGCCACGUGAGGGCCCUGAUUAAACCCCUGCGCGACCGUAGCACCUGUGAGUCACUCCACCCCGACAACUACCGGAACUACAUGGACCCCGUGGAGUAUCAUGGACUGCGAGACAAGACGGGGGGCCCAUGGGACAAGGGCGAUGGCGCGGCCAAGGACGAGCCGCGACUCCUGCAUCGAGCGUGGGCACCCACACCAAAGGAGCAGGACGCACUGGCCUCGUACCCCUCGUACGGAUUUGGGCAAACGGAGCUCGAGAAGUUUAACAUGCGGGUCUCCUUCAGCCCAUGCGCUGAACAGGCGGGGGUCAGCUGGCAAAGCAUGAGAUCCCGCAUCCACAUCACCUGCCUAGUCACCGCGUGCCGCAUGCUCGAAAAGCAACAGGGUCAGCUCGGCGACGAUGAACCAAUGCUCCUACCCCUGGAGUUGCACGUGUCGAAAUCCCCCGAGAAGAAGCCAACCUGGGGCUUCCCGGAGGGCUACGACUGAGGUAUAAGCUAGACCAAGACCUACUUAGAUACUGAGCAAAUCACAACUCGAGCAAUAACUCGCGCCAAGGAGUUAACCAAUGAUAAGCAGAAGUCGACAACCUAAAGUAAGAACGUAACGCGGGAGCGGCACAACCAUGAGACACACGCUAGGAAGUAGCUUCUGACCCGAGAAAACAGAAAGCACAUACUACCCUAGUAGUGCAGAACUGCAGCUGCGCAACAUGCCAGAAGCGCGCGCCCGCCUCGCCUGUUCAAUCACAAAAAGAAAGCAAGUUACUGGAUCCGCACAAAUCUGCCUUGAAAUGAGUAACGGGUCAGGAUCUUUCUUAGCUAAGUUCUGGUAGAAACUCGACGCCAUAAGACCACGAAAGCACAGCAGCGCACUAGACCAGAGGCACAAGUAGCAGAUAAAGCACACCCCAGCCGCGCGCUCAACACAGCACAAGUAUACAACAAACCCACAGGGAACAUAGAAUGGGAAAUCAAGUGAGUUGCUGCAUGUGCUGGGAGGAGCAGCUCUGCUGCUUCCUCGCCAUAUUACCAAAUGGACAAAAAGUCGCUCUACCGUACGACUCUGUGUGUAUCCAAAAAGAUGGACGCAUUCGCACGAUAGGACCAGGAAACAUGGUCUGGAACACGGCGGGAAACACGGAGCCGCUAGAAAGCAAGAAGCCCGUCUUCCCCGUCGCGCGCCUCCGCGCAGAGCUCCUCAUCGGCACACCGGGGGGAUAUGCCGAAGGCCAUGCCAUCCCGGACGCGGACAAAAACCAGGCAACGGCGGAGAUCACACAACUCGUCCGGGAGCGCCUGGCCAAUGGAGAGCAGAAAGAGCAUUACACCGCAUCGCAAAAGCGGAACUACGACGAGCUCAGGUGUAAAUGCUUCGCAUGUGCAAAAAGCAUGGAUGUGCAUACCCAUCGCCGAGACUAAAUUGCAAUGCAACAAAAACCAAACAGGUGCUACAUGGCCGACAGCGUCCGCCUGUGGACUAGCGCACAAAUCCACACCCGCCUCGUGCUCUACCACCGCCUCACCAAGGGUCGUGACCUCACGGAAGGAAAAUACUUCCGGCCUCACGCGUUCCUCAAGGGGCUCGAGAUGCGGCUGGAGGCCAACGUUAGUGGACUGCAGCACACAAGCUUCCAGCACGCGCUCACUGGCGAAACCAACCCCCACAGCGUGUAUCCCGCGGGAUACUGGAAGGACACAGUGGAGCACUUCCAGUUCGUCUCGCCCGAUGCGAUGAAACAGUGGUGCGAACACGCCCGCGGGACCUGGGCCGCGACGCGGGACCUGGGCCUCCACCGGCUCAUGAUCCGCAUCAAGCGUGAGCAUAGCGACCACAUCGCGCAGGACGGCCUGCAGCAAUGGGGACCCAGGGAACACACCGGCCUCCGCAUGCUCGCCGCGGGAGAAAAGUCCGCCACGUACAUCCCAUCCCCGGACCCCCUCCACAGCAAAACCCGGUGGAGGGACCACGCUGAGGGGCCACACAUGCCGAACGAGGUCCCGGGCUACAACUCCCACUGCCUCGCCUGCCGGCUCAUGGCUUAUAACCACUGCCCGACGCCCUGUGGACGUGAGGAGUGCACACACUGUGGUCGCUGUGUGGACUGCGACCACGGCUGGGACUAGUCAGAACGGACAGCCAAAUGACUAGAAAAGCCACGCACUGAGCGACCCGGUAGCCUAGCAACAGAGGUAGCAACACCAACAGAGAGCACCACUAGAAACCACACAAGUGGCCCAUAUAUAGUAAGCAGACGGGCGAGGUCGCUAAUACGGCCCCCGUAGUGGAGGCUCGCUGAGUGUUCACCCCAGUAAACCAUAGCGCCCAGCACACAUAUGCACGCACCAUAGUAAAGACUCGUUAUCGGUAUAACAGCCAGCACCACUAGAGAAAAGAGCACGCGUAAAAACGGAAAAACAAGAUGGACGCACGGGACGCCUCCGUUAUACUCCCGCCACAGGGGGUAAACCCGCGCAACAUGUACAAACCACCGCAACCACGAACGGCGUCUGCGCAAAUUGUCCCGACAACGCGACAGACAAACGACACCGCCCUUACGAGGACCUUCACAACACUGCAGGCGGACCUGGAGGCGCAAGCCGUACAGACGAGCACACUGAGCACCCACGCGCAACUACAUGAGGCCCUGCGAAGAUACAUCAAGGCCACCUGGCCAAACUUCGGGGACAGCGAGCCAGCAAACCUCAAGCAAGUGGAGCUGUUUUGCCUCGACAAGGUACAAAAACAGGAGCACAGGAGCGCCGAUGUAAUCUUCACCCAGCUCCUGCACUUCAUGAUCAACCCGCCCCUCGAUGAGGAUGGACGGCAGCCGGUACUGCUCCAGAACGCCCCCGCAUUUGCGCCCCUGGCAUUCGAGAAAGCGAGGGAGAGAGUACAGAAGGCAUGCUCAGCCACGAAGUGUCCGGUCACCAAAGCCUACCCGCUGUCACUCCACACACUGCGACAGGUGGCCUUUCCGGAACGGGCAGCGCUCAUGCUGUGGUAUCUAGUGGGAUGCAGGUCAGCAAGCAUCCAGGCCAUCGAGCCGGGCGACGUCAAAAUCCACACCGCGCCAGGCACAAGAGUACCCGUCAGGGUGAGCGUCUUCAUCCGGUCGGAUAAAGUCUGCACGGCAACAUCGCGCACGGUGCUGAUAGGGUGCAACUGCUUCGACGACCCCACCUGCUGUCUGCUAUGCGACAAAGAACACCACGACGCAAUCGACAAGCUCAAGGACAGCCACGGCAAAACCUGGCUCCCCCAGCUCGCACACUACGGCCUGGGGAUCACGGAACAUAGCGUGAGAAGAGCGCACGCUCUCGAAGCGAGGAGACGCAUGCAAAGCGGCAAGCAUUGCAACCUAGACCAGUUCCUCCGCGAUAGGGGUUGGCAGCUUCGCUCUACCUUCGCAGACUACGCGUGCGACCUCCAGGACUUCGUCCACAUAAAGUUCCCGCCCAUCGGCGCCACGUGGUGGCCAGCGGACCCACUGGACGACUCCACCAGCUCAAAAUCCAUGGUCUUCAGAGACGUCAACAAAGUCACCAAUAUCACCCGCGCAGAAAACAUUGGCACGCUGGCCACCGCCCCCUCCAACGGCCUCCCGGUGGCCCGCUCCGCCAAACAGACACGAGCCCACGGCGGCCUGUCGCCAAAGCCACCAACCCCGAAGGUAGUUCGCAAGGCAACCGAGGGCGACAAAGUCAGCAAAUACACCAGCCUCGCACGAGGAAAGCCGGCGCUCACCAGUACACUCCGGCAAAACAAGGAGGGAAAGCUAGUCCCCACGCUGCCAACCGUGGUCAAGAAAAGCUGGGAGGAACUAGCAGGCCACACCAAAGAGAAAUAUGUGUACCGACCCAACGACGCCCCAAAGGAACACCGCGAGGAGGCCUGGGCGGAACGACAACGGCGAGGGGUUGGAACGGCACAAGAACCCGCAAAGCGCAACAAAAACUACAAACCCUGGCACGCCCUACCCCUUCCGGAACGGGCAAAGCUGCGAGACGGGGCCGGAGCAAAACACCAGUCUCGCGAGAAGAUUGAGUAUUACCUUCAGGACAUAAAUCGUGAACGGGUGGCAAGCCACCGCGACGCGAUCUAUAGGCAGCACCCGGAUAAGUCCGGCUUCUACCGAGACAAACCGGAUGCAGGCGAGCUCGAGCAGCUACAGCAGGCGGGGGCGCAGCCCCCUGCGGGACCUGCGUGACGACCCGCCGGCGCGCAAGGCGUCCGAACCCUGCGAAUGGGGGAACUCAGGGCGUGACGUCCACUAUCGAAUGGGGAAGAGAGCUGGCACCAUGCCGGCGGAUCGAAAAAAGAGAAAAUGAUGAGCCCUUCUAGAAUGUGAACUGCGAAAGCUGUAAGACAACGCAGGAAGGGCAGCUCCACUGAGCGAAUCGUCAUGAGGCGACACGAGCCGGCACCGCGGCGGAAAGUGUUCGCGCUCCUCUAGAAAGAGCAGAGCUGAAGUUCCACUGAGAUCACGCGAAUCUCAUGCAAAACUGGUCCUGAAGCAAUCUGCCAUACUUCCGCGAGAUCAAGUGGGCCCACGGUUCCAAUCUCGGCGAUCCUCCUGCCGCUAAGCUCUUAGUUCCGCCAUCGAUCAAGGUGGGCGCGAGUAAACCAAAACACUAACACGCUAAACACACAGACACCAACGAAACGCAGUCGAUCCGUUAAGUCGAUCUAUUUAGCAGAAGCUAGAUCCGAAUGUGUCCAACGAAAGAUAACGACAUCUGAUCUAAAAAUGAUCUCAGGUACCGACCGACCGGGAGAGGCCAACCCGUCUCCUGGGCGGCAAGGUAUACUUGCUUUCUCCUGUAGUGUAUUCACAAAAAUGCUGUUUCAAAAUAAAUACCGUAUCAAAAUAAAUACAGUGAUCCAAAUUUGUAAUAGCUCUUUUGUGAACCGGACGUGCCCACCGCACUGCCCGCAGUUUUGUUUCGCCCUUAGAUGCCAAACCCAUGAGCCCGAAAAAACUGGAAGACCUCACCGCCGCCGAAGCGGCGGCGCCGGACACCAGCCAACAAGCAGCCAUGCAACGCACAGCCUGGGAGAUGCUACACGUGACAAGAGACUACGUACGAGCAGCCCGAAUGGCGAGUAGUGUCACAGUCCCGAGCGACACCAUCGCAAACAUCAAGCAGAUGAAGGCAAAUCGGACGGCCUGGGUAGCCCGAGUCAAGGCGGCCAUAGCCAAAAUCCGGAAAAUCGGAAAAGACACUAGGAAAGAAAACGCCGAGCGACUCAGCACAGCAGAGCCACACAUCCAACAGGCACUAGGAUGGGGCGCCACCAAACGCAACCUGGUCGCCCUUCAGCGGCUCAUAGAGUGGUCACAUCACAAAGACAAAACCCUCCCAAGCCACCUAUUCCGAGGGGUGCGCACGAUUGGCAACGCAGAUACGACGGGGGGAGUCUGGGACCUCGACCCCACAGUCACGGCCAUCGACCCCCAAGACGUGCAAGACUUCCUCGAUGCUGAGGCUACACUCCUCAGACUCCAGGACGACCUUCCGCUCACGUCCUCCUUCGCACCGGAGGUACUCCGGAAGCUCCUACAAGGCUGCAGGGAGAUGGUGGAAAAGGGACUCUACAAGCCGAUAGAAAGAAGAAAUCUCAAAGCGCGACCCAGCCCGGCCUUCCCAAAAGUCGAGUUAGAGAAGAUCCGCCAGAUCAUCGACUCCAGGGCGCAGAACGCGUGCAGUCGGCUAGUCGAAAAGGUGCAAAUCAAAGGCACGCGCACGAUCAGCGAGAUCCUAGAGGCCUUUAUGAGACCAAUAGGGAGGGAGGACGCCCUCACCCUCCCCAGCAGCGUAUCUGCAAAGGAAACCUGGCGGGAUACGGCCGAGACCCUGGCCCAGGUAGCUGCGGAAAGGAGUGCCACACUCCCAAGCCAGCCCGGCUCGGAACCGCGCCAGCUCGAGCGGGCCCACAUCCUUGAAGAGGUGAAACAGUGGAACGCACAGCUAGCAGACCACCAAGGGGGAGGGGUCAUCCCGGAGAUGGGCACGAAGGACUUCGAAAAGUACUACUACGCUUUCGGAUGCCUCGACCCCAAACUCAACGGCAUUGCAUUCUUUGACCCGGACCAGCGGGCAUGGCAGUGCGUCGAAAGCUACGUCCUUAACAUGGGAAACACCCACUCGGUGCCAGGAGGUACACACAGGACCCACAGACAUAGAGCCGCCUCCCCGGGCGGGGUAAAAGUACGGACAUGCGCAACUCGCGAAAACAUGUAAGCCACGCCUCACAAAUCUAACCUCACCAAAAAACCAAACAGCCUGCCGCGUAUCGGAAGCCAUACGGACCAUACACCAGGCGGGGGGCGGCGUGUCGAAUCUGUAUAUCGAUGACGCCAUGCUCUACGGCACCGACCGUGAGACGUUCAACCUCUGUCGGGACCUCUACCUCGCUGUCGUCGAAGCCCUAGGCAUCCCGCUAAGCAAGAAAGCAGCGGGCAACCAAGCAUCCUGCGAUGACAUUCCCGGAGGAACGCGCGACUUCGUGCGAGCGCUAGGAAUACGGUAUGUGUGGAUACGGGACCGGUCGGGCCGCCCCGUCCGACUCUUCUCCGUAGUACCGCGCGACAAAGUAGCCUCCGCGCAGCGGGACUGCGAUAAGAUACUAGCGGCCCACAGCGAGAAGGGAGGCAGAAUCCAGCAAAAGGACAUCCAAAAACUCCUCGGCAUGGCUCAGUACGUGAUAUGCAACACAAACCGAGCGGGGGCGGAAUUCGUCCGCCAUUUGUACCCAUGGGCCUCGGACGACUACUUCCAGGCCAACAUCACGUGCCGCAAUCUGCGCAAGGCACUCGCUACGGCCGUAACCACUCUGAGGGCGCUGAUCGAGCAUCUGCCCCCCUACGAGCACAUCUUCCGAGUGCAGAGGGUUAACUUCAUGUAUCUCGACGCUAGCGGCGCCAAGGCCCCGGACGCCCCGUGUCUCGCGGACCGGGGGCCUAAAGAGCCGCCACGACUCGGGGGCAUACUCGUCACCGCGGAUGGGAAGGUUAAGGCUUUCACCUACCCCCUGCCGGAAGAGCACGAACUUGCCACGUACGAUAUAAUGACGCUGGAAACGCUGACGGUGCGACUAGCCCAGUACCUCUACAGCGAGGACAUGCGCGACGCACUCUCCGUGGUGUCAGUUGACAACGUGGUGGAACUCUUCGCGCUCGUGAAGCUUAGCUCCCGGCAAAAAAGAGUGUGCAACGUAGCAAACCGCGUCGCCGUCAAAAACCAGGAACUCGGGGCCCGAUGCUGGUACCGGUACACCAAUACCACCAGGAACCCGGCCGACGCCUUCAGCCGCAAGGACUACCUGCAGGCUGCGCUUAACUUCUGGCGCCCAGAUGAGCUCGCGCACAAGAAAAACCACCCCGAGGUCCCGGGUUUCCUGGCAAAGCAGGCCAAACCCAUCGACCCACACGAGAUUUUCCCCGACCGCACAAAGCUACCCUUUGACCCGGUCAGAGACACAACGGCCCAGGCUGCAAGGCACCGCACCUGGAAGGAGCGCUCUCCAGCACUCACAGGCCAGAACAUUCUGGACCUGCCUGACCGGGCACUGGACAUGCUCACGAUGAGCACACAAGAAGAAGCCGCUGCCGCUCUCGGCAGUGGCGGGGCAAACUCGCGUCUUCCGGACGCCUCGCGCGUAAAACGCCCCAGCGUGCAGGAAGCUGGCACCAUGCCGGCGGAUCGAAAAAAGAGAAAAUGAUGAGCCCUUCUAGAAUGUAAACUGCGAAAGCUGUGAGACAACGCAGGAAGGGCAGCUCCACUGAGCGAAUCGUCAUGAGGCGACACGAGCCGGCACCGCGGCGGAAAGUGUUCGCGCUCCUCUAGAAAGAGCAGAGCUGAAGUUCCACUGAGAUCACGCGAAUCUCAUGCAAAACUGGUCCUGAAGCAAUCUGCCAUACUUCCGCGAGAUCAAGUGGGCCCACGGUUCCAAUCUCGGCGAUCCUCCUGCCGCUAAGCUCUUAGUUCCGCCAUCGAUCAAGGUGGGCGCGAGUAAACCAAAACACUAACACGCUAAACACACAGACACCAACGAAACGCAGUCGAUCCGUUAAGUCGAUCUAUUUAGCAGAAGCUAGAUCCGAAUGUGUCCAACGAAAGAUAACGACAUCUGAUCUAAAAAUGAUCUCAGGUACCGACCGACCGGGAGAUGACGCGGACGAAGAGGACGAUGGCGACGAGGAGUGGGUGUAUCAAAUGCAAACAUGUCUGGGUCUGGGAGAUUCCGAGAAUUGUCAUGCUGGUCUGGCAUGACUCUGAACUCUGUAUUGUGCGGCCGCGAGGAGCUCCUACGUCCUGUCAUGCAAAAACGCAGUUUCUAAUGCGGAGCACGCAACUCAGAACCAUGCAAAAAACUUGUCAUGCUUGGCAGCGCAUUACAGUGAGCUUACUAUUCCCUCUCUUGCGUCACAAGUUUCCAGACCCAGGCAUAUUUGCAAUGCAUAGGUUGCCGCCUGGAACAACGUCCCAGGCGAAAAAACAAGGCUCGAACAAGCGCACCGCAAAAGCGAAGGCGAGCGCCAAAGCUCGGCCAAAAAAGAAAGCGAAAACGGAGCCAAAAGCAAAGGGUGGUAGAACCGCUUCGAGUAGUGAAAACAACAACGGAGCGGAUACUCAUGGUGCAGGGGAUGAACCAGUAGUACAGGCUAAUGACACUAUUAUAUCAAGUGCUGACCCCGAGUCCGAGUUGCUCAAUAAGAAGAAUUUGAACGACGCCCUCCCGAUUGUGCCUCCAGACAGCAAAUCUGAGCAGCGCUUCCAGAACAGUCAGGUCUACAUGUUGAUCUACAAGCGCAAGGACCACCGGUUUUCGUACGCGGAUGCGCAGAAAAUGGCGGAAGACUUGAACGCCAAGAAGCUUGAGAUCCGCGAGCACAUUGCGUCGAUGAUCGGCAAGCCGCUACCUGCGGUUGGCGGGGUAAAGCCGCAGCUUCCAGCGGGUUGUUCUAUUGUGCCGUCGGCGCCGGCGGUAAUCAACAGCACGGCGGGUACUAGUUGUAGCACGACUAAUAUCGGACCGCCGCCAGUAGCACCCCUAGAUGCUGGAGAGGCAGCACAACUACUAGCAGCAAAUGGCUGCACAGUGCCCCCACCUUGCUCACCCAAUAAAAAACUUGACGAUGAACCAGAGCCCGCAGCAGCAAUCGAGCUUUGCAGCAGCGAGGAAAGCAGUCAGGUCGCGGUGGCGGGGAGUAGCAGCGAGAAUGAAGGCGCUGCGGAAGUACUAGCUCAAGGACCGCCGGAAGAACUCGCCCAAAAUGCUGGAUCAGCAAUAAUUGCUCCCACUACAACAGCCCACGCUCCUGCCAACGAUGACGCCUCUACCGCCGAUGAGGCAAGCGGAAGUCCGGACGGGAUGAAGAAGGAGAAUGUAAUUAACGGGGAACAAGACGAGGGAGGUGCCGCUGCAAUGGACGUCGAUGAUCCACCUCCAUCAGCAGCCGUGAACAAAAGUGCCAAUCUAGGUGCGUCUGCCAAUGACGAAGACACGUCAAAAAAUCAGAUUGUCUCACGACUGAAAGAGGCACAAGCAGAACUGAAUCUGAACUACAGGCCUCCCUCUCGGAGCGCCCCUGGGACGAGCCAUGUCCCCACCGGACUGACAGCCGCUAACUUCGGCACGGUCAGCAAUUCGUCUUCUUUGAUGCCACCUCCCGCUCCGAAGCCGACGCCGCUUCGUGGUUCCAACUUGGGCGGCGGGCCCACGACGCCAAUAAAUCUGACCGGUGAAGACCACGAAGACGCGGAACUGCAGCGGGUGCUGCUGGAAAGCCAGAACCCAAUUUACAUGGGCGGCGGGGAUGGAGGCGGGCUGAUUGGAAGCACUUCUAACACUGGCGCCGCGACAUCAGAUCUACUGCGCGGUAACACGAUGAUGAACAGCGGCUGUAUAGGUGCAGCAGGAGCAGCAACGUCAUCACUUCUCGGCUUGAACACCUAUGGAAACACGCCGCCUCCCGGAGCAGUUGCUCCUCCAGCCGCUGGGUUAUCAUCAAUCUCGUGCGCCUUCCAAACCGCAGCGGAAGUUUUAGCGGCUCCAUCCGAGGCCACGGACGAGCGGAAGGUUGUAGAAGACAGCAUCUUGCUGCGCGACGAGGCACUUGUGUUGCUGGAAAUAGAUGAAGGACAACAGGAUGUCGAGCUGCCAGUUGCUGUUGACGCAGAAAAGGAUGAGGGUGGCCAUAUAACACAAGACGCUCCUUUGACAACGACUUCUACGGAGCAAGUACUGGAACAGCCUUCCAGGAAUUCCAGCCAUGACGCUAUGGUGCGCUCCUUUUGGAAAACGAUGCCGGCCGCGUGGAUCUGGAACUACUGCGACGCCCAGUUUUCGGUCUCGCACAAGCGCACGGCCGGCGCCAAGGCCAUGCAGCAGGAGAUCGACCAGCUUGCGGAGAACCGACACCAGGACUGGGCGAAAGUGAGCGAGAAGCUGACAACCUGGAAUCCGGAGUGGAUGGGGACCGUCGCGCGAGAGCAUUUGCUUACCGAAGUGGAGCGAUUGCAGAGUGCAGCUGCGGUCGAUGCGGCGGGAGGCGGGGGCGAGGAAAAGGAGUCAGAAGAAGCGGGUGCGGAGGAGGAACGGGCUGUUGCACUUCUGCCGGGUCAAGACAAUGAGGUCGAUGUUGGUCCAGCUGUCGCAAGUGCGGACGCAAUUCCGGAAGCACAGAAAACAGCGACAGAAAGAAGAAGAAAAACACCAGCUGCACAAACACUCAACCCCGCCAGCGCGCCUGCAAAUCCUACGCCAGGAAAAAACAAGACUGACGACGGGACGAAGGGCAAAGAGAAGCAAGAAAAACUUCUCCCGGCUGGUACUGAAGAAAGCAGCAGCAGCAGUAGCAGCAGCAGUGCCUUGUCCCCUUCAUGUGCUUCUCCUGAGGUGGAGGAAGGAGGAAAAGAUGAUACCGGCAUCAAAAAGAAAGAUAAUGAUGAACCAUAUGGAGAUGAAGAUGAUAAAAAAGCGACAAGCAAAAAUGGGACCAGCAGCAGCUCGUCUUUUCGUCUGCCAGAACUGGACGAUGGCAACAAUCCCUCUAAAAACAAACAACAAAAUUCCGCCGAGCCAGACCCCAAGCGACGAAGAUUGUCUACUGCAAAUGGAGCAGACUUGUCAAAUGGUGGCGGUGGUGAUGAAAACAGGGCACUGCUGGUGGCAAAUGAGAAAGAGCCAGCAGCGAGCUGUAACGUCGUCGUUUCAACAGAAUCUUCUCGUCUUCCAGAACUCGCAGUUGUAGCGCAGCAACCAGUUCCGCCUGACAGCGCGCUUGUCUUCAUUCGCACGGAGUUUUGGAGAUUGUGGUGCGAGGCCAAAGACGUGGAAAAGGAGCAGGAAGUGCUGCGGCAAACCAAACCGGACAGCACUAUCCGCACCGGGCGGUUACUUCGCCUGCACCGAGAGUGGCGUCAGCACUACCGCACCAGCAUGCGUCAGGUGCAACUUCCGAACGGGAAGCUGGAUCCCUUCGCGGUGUGGGGCGGGCAGCUAAAAGUCGUACCGUUCAGCGUCGCGCGCGUCGUCCUGGGGCGGAUAUUCCCGUUCGCGGAAGAGGCGCUGAAGAGCAGGUCCUGCAAGGAACUACAUCAAAAUUCCAGUACAAUGCGCGGGAACCACCUCGAGGUGAAACCAGAGGCCCUUGUUUCAGCGGAUCCGGACGCGGAAGAGGAUUUGGAUUUGCUUAACUACAAUCCGUAUUUCUUCGUUCACGAGUCCGUUUGCCUCGAAACGGCGACGUGGAUCUUCCGUGCGUUAGAGCAUCAGUGGCUGCGGGGGCGGAGCGUGCGGGAAGUAGUGGAGGGGAGACUCGGCAGCGGCGAGGAGUUUCGGAACGGCGACUUGUACAAACGCUUGGACGCAAUUGAGGAUGAAGAUGAGCGCAAGAAACAACUUCUAGAAUACAUUUACAUCAAGCAAGCAGCCUACAAGGAACACUUCGAAAAUCGAUUCAAGUCCCAAAACAAGACGGCAGCAGCCAGAAAACAAAAUAUCGCUGCCGGGCCACCAGGUGCAGCAGCAGCAGCAGCAGGAACAGCCGGUGACGCAGCCGUUCUUGCGGCACAGCGUGAAAAUCAAACUAGUCACGAAUUUUUCGACUGCAUGAAGUUCCUGCACGAGCUGUGCAGUCUGCGGCAGCAACAUCCAUCGUCUACCGAGGACUUGCAGAAGGCCGUUCACGACAAACUGAUCGAGGAACUGAAAAUGGACAGUGACGUACGGUGCCCGUGUAAGGGCUCGGGGAAGUCGGGGCAACCGCUAUCAUGGAUCGAGCCGCGGAUUCCGGCCGUCGUCGUUCCCCGGGACCCGUUUAAGCGAUUCGUGAUGGCUUUCAAGAAGCGCCAACAGGCGGCGUGCCGGGUCGUCGGGGUUGCGCAAGUCGAAAGCGUGCCCUUUCUCGUCCAGAAUGCGACCAGGAAAGUUUGCGAAGUCUGUGUGCAGACGCACGCACAGGAGGAUGUCGAACUGAAGGAGGAGAACGACCAGAAGCGGCAGGCUUUGGACAUCUUGCAGUUUGUGAAUAACGGCCAGAUUCCCCUGGUUCCGCUGGCGGACACGGUGAUGAAAGACUUCUACCUGAGCUGCAGGCACGAGGAUAUCCGGCGUCGUCAGCACACAAUCUUCAACUCUGUCGAGGCCGCGCUGCGGGACCUGUUUGCGCGGCCCCUGGGCAUGGAUGAGCAGACCUGGCGGCAGCAGGCCGAACUCGAGCGGACUGCCGCUGCCGCCGCCACACGGGCGAUGCGCAACGGCGGACUAGAGCUAGAGGGUCUGUCUGAACAGCAGCAACUCGAUUUGGCCAUGAAACUUUCGGCAGAAGACGCCGAGGGGCCCGGCGCAAGAACAGCGGAAGUAGUGGACAAAAACGCCAAGUCCUCAACACCGGAGGUUUUUGAUGCCGAAAAGAUCGAAGCCGAGGUUUCCGCGCGGUUCCAAGCGCUGGAGCGCGACGAAAAUUGCAGGUACAUUAUCGAAAAGGCCAAGAGUGGAGCGAAUGUGUUUUCGCGGAUGUGUGAGUACCUGUGCUCCAACCUCGAACAUUUAAAGCGCUUGCACGAGGGCGAGGGGGCGGACCUGUGGGAGCAGCUGUGGGACGCCGACCGUCGAGCGGCGUACAGUCCCGCCUGGAACUACAUCCGCAACGUAGUCGCGCAAAACGAGCCGGACGUCGAAAUGUUUCCGUUUGACCAGUGCCACGUCCCGCAGGAAGGAAUCUACUUCUGCGUUCCGCGAGAGUGGAUCGAUGUCGAGCUGCGGCCCUGCCUUCACACGCCCCGGAAGCGCGGUGAGCCGAAGCAAGUGGUGCGCUUUCCGGAUUGGGAGCAGUAUCAACAUGUGACGAGCGGGUGCUCGCACAACAAGCGGGAGCUCCAGCCAUUUCCAACGAUCCAGGCAUACGUGCGCCGUCGGGGCGGCUACAGGAUGAAUGAAUUUGUGCACCGGCACGAAGUAGCUUACCAAUUGGUACACGUCGAAGAGCUGAAGUACGUGUGUCUCAGUUUGAAGGGUAUUGUCGAGGUGCCGCGGCCGCUUCGCCUGCACGCCUUUUACAUUCACCACACCCCGGAGAAAGGGCUGCAGGAGACGCCAGUGCCCCACCCUCUGUUUCCCCAGGACAGGCAAUACGGUGCCCUGACCGCGUUCGCGAGGACCGGGAACCUCCGCGAGUCCUGUCCGACCUGUAUGCCGCUUUUGCGAUACGUGACCUUCUUCCGUCCGUCCCCGCUCCACGACGGUGCGAAGUUUGAAGUGUGGUUCCGCAAGGAGGGCAACAAGCAAUUCAAGCGGUUGGGUAGCAUUGCCCUUUUCUCGGGGGAAGCGCUGAGCGAAGUGAAAAUGAUGCUGAUGCAGGAGUUUUCCGGCACAAUCGAAGGUCCGAAUCGCCAGCAGCUGUCUUUCCAGAAGCGCACGAAGAAUCAAAAUGUCGAGUCUGCGCUGCCGCCGGCCCACGAUAUGUACAAUCACGUGUGGACGAUUCCGCAAGGCGUGCCGGUUGAUGGCCCGGUACACUUAUCAAAUGUAAAAAUGUCUGGGUCUGGAAGGGUUGGAACUUGUGAUGCAAACUCUGGAACACACAAAAAUUUGUGUUGCAUGAGCGCCAAAAGCUGUUCAUUUCGUGGCACGCAAGUAGGAAGUUUCUCAUGCGGGACAGGCAUCAUGAGGCGCGCUCAAAACCUGUGAUGCUUUUGCCUGCAUCAGGAUCAGACGCCAUUUGCGUGAUCCGAAAUAUGCAUGACAAAUCUCGCAAUCUUCCAGACCCAGACACUUUUACAUUUGAUAACCCUGGACUCAGAACGAUAGUGUUCUGUGCCAGCUCUGCGUCACACCGUGGUCGCACCGGCUCAAUGUGCAGGAGGUUACCCCGGUGGAAACCGUCGAUCCCCUUCUUGGAGCGGCGUCGAGCGCUGCUGCGCUUAGCAGUAGCAAAAAGGUCCAGCGGGACGGGAAGCGAUUGCAAGGUAAGUACUACUACUUUAUAAAGUUGGGUUUGUAUCAUAGUCUUUGUGAUUUCCUCGUUGUAAUUAGGUCCACCUCUGAAACGUGACUACAGAAAGACGAACACAGAAACAGCAUUUUUGCAUACUACUAGUACUACCAUACAUAAUGCGAACGCAAGAACAUAAAAUUCCUGAAUCAGGUUUCGCGAAUCUGAAGAACAUGAUAGCGGGAAACAAUCCACCGGGCGGUGGCGGGGGUGCUUCGAGUCCAGCAGAGAUGAAUCAAAACGCCGGCUCUUCCUCUUCUAGCAGUUCCUCCUCCUCGUCUUCCAGCAGCAGUGCUGCUGGCGUAGGUUCUACAAUCGGAGCAGGUGCAGCUACAUCAACUAGCAACAUGAUGUCGAAUCAAUUUCAAAAACUCGAUGCCGGAGAACUCGAGGGUGUCGAGCACCCGGACCAAUUCGGAAUCUUGCUGCCGAAGGAUGAAUAUGCAUUGCAAAUAUGUCUGGGUCUGGAAAGGGCGAACUUGUCAUGCUGGUCUGCUAUUCCUGGGAAAUCGAAAUCUGUAUUGCGUGACCAACAAAACUCGGAGCCGCUUUUGUCACAGACGAAAGCGCAGGUUAUCAUGCGGGCUGCGUAAUAUGAGGAAGUGUUGUGGAAAGUUGUCAUGCUUGGCCGCAUUCGAAUGCGUCUCCAUCAUCCACAUUUUGGCAUCACAAGUUUCCAGACCCAGACAUAUUGGCAUUUGAUAAUGAAGGACAUCCCGGAGCAUUUCGUCUUUCUGGUGGAGUAGACCACACGUCGAUGCAGGGUGGGAGCAAAAAUGGUGACCAUCGCAGUGGUGCUUCUGCUUCUGCGUCCGGAGGUUCCAAUUGGAUGAAAACGACGCAAGGCGCUGCGGAUUCGAUCCCCCCGGCUGCGCUGAUUGCAGCACCAAAGGAGGUAGAGAACGAAGUAAUUGAGCUCUCCGACUGAUAAAAAUAUCAGCCUCAUCAGUACGAGUACUUAGUUCUUGAAGAUUACAGUGAAUAAACCUAUUUAGUUUUAGAGCUUUUUUGUAGCAACCUUGAGCAGUACUUCCAGUUGUCUAUGAAUACGAUCGUUUCAUCUUGUGACAGUUUGGAGAUGACAAGUCCAGAUAGCAAUGGCAAAUUUAUUUCGAGUCAAUUGAUUCCAGAUUAUUUUUAGUUGUGCUUACGAGUGAUCUCUACUCAUCUCUCAACAUUUUUAUAUCAGCUGGAAAGCAGACAUUUUGUGGCUUUCAGAUUUUCCAACGCGACUUAUAUAUCUUACGAUCUAUGACAAAUUCAGCAUUACAAGAAACCCAAUUUUCAAUCUUCGGCGACAAAUUUCUUCUGUAACACUGUAUUCGAUUAAGAGACGCAGCUGUUCUCUCUGAGCUGUGUUGACCAAUAAAUAAACGCGACAAGAAUAUCUCGAUACAGAGGCAAAAACUUUUCAGCAAAAGGACCAGACAAGAAAACCGUUUUAACAACGCAAAUAUCAAUCGCUAUUUGGAUUUCUGCUCUCCGGCGACACCACACUAAGUGACGAGCACACGACGAC